UCAUACCCCCACUCUGGUCUAACCCUGGCAUGUCUCUAACCCAUCUCUGUCUUCCUCCUUUUAGAUAGAAGAGACAGAGGGAGUGAAAGACAGUGCAGGCGGCUGCAGUUUUGCGUGACUAUGCCGUUAUUGCUGCUCUUCACGCUCUGCACUUGCUCUGGUGCUCUCACCGAUCCUCAGCUGCUGCUAAACUACAGCUCUCUGACUCUGCCUGAUCUCCACGUCCCCUACUUCCUGCACGGCAACGCGCACGUGGCCAAGGUUUGCCAAGACGACCCGCUCUGCCCUUUUAAAGAUGCUCUGUCCCAGAAUCUGUCAUGCUGGGGUUACGAGAAGAGCUGUUCUCCCGAGCACAGGUUCAGCUUCCCGAUCUGCUCCAGCGUGGACUCGGCAUGGGCUCGCUCAGUGCAGGCGGCUCAGGAAAUCUUCUGGAAGCAGGCCGACUUCGGCUACGUUAAAGAACGUCUAAGCGAGAUGAAGACUCUGUGCGAGCCUUCAGCUCCCGGGGAAUCCUGUCUGAAGUGCACAAGCCACCUGCGCUACUGCAGAGCCACUAACCUUUAUCUGGACCUCAGGAAGCCACGCAGGGGUCACGAGAGGUAUAAUGAGGAGUUCUUGCAGCAAGGGGAGGUCGGAGGUCGCUGCAGACUUAACAGCAGGGCAUUAGAUGCAGAAGGACAGCACAAAAGCCCCCUGCAGUCCUGGUUCGCCGAGCUGCAGACGUACACCGAGCUCGACUUUCACCCUGUAGACGACAGGCACUGUGACGUCAUCGUCGAGAGACCCACAGUCUUCAUGAAGCUGGAUGCAGGCGUGAACAUGUACCAUCACUUCUGCGACUUUGUCAACCUGUACAUCUCUCAGCACAUCAACAACUCAUUUAGCAGAGACAUCAACAUCGUCAUGUGGGACACGAGUUUUUAUGGUUAUGGAGACCUGUUCAGUGAAACCUGGCACGCGUUCUCCGAUUACGAAGUCAUACACCUGAAAACCUACGACACGAAACGGGUGUGUUUCAGGGACGCGGUUUUCUCACUGCUACCGCGGAUGAGAUACGGCCUCUUCUACAACACACCCCUGAUCUCAAACUGCCACAGUGAGGGGAUGUUCAGAGCAUUUUCUCAGCAUGUCCUUCAUCGACUCAACAUCCCACAGGAGGGACACCAGGAGGACCGAAUUCGGGUCACACUGCUGGCCAGGAGCACGGCGUAUCGCAGGAUAUUAAACCAGCAAGAGCUCAUAAAUGCCCUGAAGACUGUGGCUUUAUUUGAGGUCAAGCUGGUGGAUUACAAGUACAAAGAUAUGCCAUUCCUGGAGCAGAUCAGGGUGACCCAUAACUCGGAUAUCUUUAUUGGAAUGCACGGGGCUGGCCUCACACACCUGCUCUUCCUCCCGGACUGGGCCGUCAUCUUCGAGCUCUAUAACUGUCAGGACGAAAGCUGCUACCGUGAUCUGGCCCGGCUCCGGGGCGUUCACUACCUGACCUGGCAGAAAGCAGACAAAGUGUUCCCUGAGGAUAAGGGACACCACCCUACACUCGGAGCUCACCCGAAAUUCACCAACUACACCUUCGACCGUGAGGAGUUCAUGCGCUUGGUCAUGCUGGCUGCAGAUCACGUGAGGAGACACCGGGCGUGGCGUUCCACACGGGGACGAGAUGAGCUUUAGCGUUGUAGCAUCACAUACGCGAAAAUCUGAAAUGAUCGGAAGGUGCUCAAACACUGUUACAAAAAAGUGGCAUAUUUCAGAAAGCUGAUCCUGGAUCAGGUUUUACCUUCAACUACUAAAAAUAUGGAGUCUAGAACUGAUCCCAGAUCAGAAUAUGUAAAAAAAGUAAAUAAAAAAAUGCAAUACAUGAAAUAUUAAGUAUCAGUAGAGACGGGGAAAUCUCUAGGGGCUUGCUGAUCUCUAG